CACUUUUGGAACACAGCUGCGCAUGUUGGCUCUCGUCCCUUUGGUUGGAAGCUACGGGUGGGAGUGCUGUUGCGAUGGCUUCGCCUGCCUUGCGUUUCGGCGGUGACAUUGCUUGGCCUUUGCAGCGGGUCCGCAGGUGACUGUCAUUUUGGCUUCAUUGCCUUGAAUUGAAAGAUGGCAGGAGCGGCCGAGCAACGGUUUCUGUGUUUGAUGAUCCUGGCCAGAUCCCUCAGUGCAGCAGGAUUGGGCCUCCUUGUCAGUGCCUCCGCGGAUCUUCUUUACCAGCUGAUGCGGCAACGCUCGAGCGCGCAGGUUCACCAGCGCGUGCAGCGAGCCUUGACCAAUGUCGCCACACUGUCGACACUGCUGGAUUUCUUCUUGGCGCCGGCAAUGGGACGCUAUAUGGACACGGUGGGACGCUUGGCUACCAUGAUGCUGGCCCUCGGCUGCUCCGCCGGUGUGCGCCUGUGGCUGGCAGCAGCGCCUUCCCUGCCGGUGUACCUCUUCUAUCGUGUCCUGGUGUCUGUCACCGGGACUGCUUGGUUUGGAGCCAGUGCCGCGGCCAUGAGCGACGUCUUUGGAAGGGGCACGCCUGGCUUUGCAGAGGCGUCAAGCCGGGUUCGGCGCUUUGCGCUGGUGGCGAUGAUGGCGGGGACAUAUUCGGGGCGCAUGAUCAAGGCACCGAGGCACGCUUUUGCCAUCGUGGGCUUGGUGCAACUGCUUGCUUUGAGCACAGUGGGGUGCAUGAAAGAGACAUUGAAAGCUCCAGCGGCUCGGCCUCAGGGCUCCUUCUGGUCCUUCUUCCGGCAAAGCCAGGCUCUCCUCGGCUUCGCAGUGCUGAACACCGCCAUGGAGCUUCCGGGCCACGUGGGGAACCUGAGCCAAGUGCUGCGGCGCCAGCGGUUUCGGCACUGGACCACCGCGGCGGAGUCCACGCACGUGCUGCUUUUGCAGGUGGCGGCGGUGGUGAGCACCUACCUGCGGCCCAGGGUGCUGGAGUUGGGCUUCGCCUCUGCAGCGCGCCUGGACUGCUGGUGCGGCGCCCUGAUCUCGCUGAACAGCGCCCUGGCGCCCGCGGCCGUUUUUCUGGCGCUGAACCCGGUGCUCGCGUGCCUGCAAUGCGGGGACCUGGCGGUGGAGCUGUGCAUGGAGCGGGAGGCCGCGGCCUUGAACCUGGGCACUGGAGCACUGAAGGCCGCCAGCGCCAACCGCGGCUUCGUGCCCGCGCUGGUGAUGCCGCGGCUCUACGGCGCCCUGUACUCCUGGCGCCCGGAGGCGCCCUUUUUGGUGGCCAGCGCCUUGUCGCUGCUGGCGGCCGAGGUGGUGGGGCCCUGGGCCUUCGGAAAAAAAGGCGAAAAAAACCGGGCGCCAAACGCCGCGGGCGUUUUUUGUGGGCGUUUUGUGGGUGCGGCUUCGUGUGCGGGGGGACCCCUUUUUUGA